AUGGAUGUAGUACACAAAGAUUUCUCCGAGAGACCUCACCAUACUCAGGAAAAUGCUGACGAUAAAGACCAUGAAUCCCAUGCGAGUCAAAUUGCCAUCCUUCUCUCUGUUCAACAGCACCUGCCGUUCCAUUUUCCGCCGUCCAUACCAGCAAGAUCCGAUACAUCUGUCCCAAUCAACAUGGCAUCUGCAGAGCCAAAAGCGCCCAAGGGACUUCCCCCGAGCUUUGUGUGGGGUUUCGCUACGGCUGCCUACCAGAUUGAAGGAGGUGUCUCUGAAGGGGGUCGCGGUCCUUGCAUCUGGGACAAAUUCAUGCACCUAGAGCCCUCCGUCACCAACGGUGUCAAUGGCGAUGUUGCCUGUGAUCACUACCACAAACUCGAGAAAGAUCUCGAUCUUCUCGCAAAGUAUGGUGCAAGGGCUUAUCGCUUUUCUAUUUCUUGGUCGCGUAUCAUCCCACUGGGUGGCCGUGAAGAUCCUGUCAAUGAGGAGGGAAUCGCAUUUUAUACAUCGCUCAUUGAUGGCCUCCUUGCCAGAAAUAUUCAGCCCUGGGUGACCUUGUACCACUGGGACCUGCCCCAGGCCCUGCAUGACCGGUACGGCGGUUGGUUGAACGUCGAGGAGGUCCAGAAAGACUUUGAGCGCUAUGCGAGGGUGUGCUUCGAAAGGUUUGGUGAUCGGGCUAAGAACUGGAUUACGAUCAAUGAGCCCUGGAUCGUUUCCAUCCAUGGGUAUUCAAUCGGCAUCGACGCCCCAGGACGAAGCAGCACCAACAAGCAAUGUUCAGAGGGCGACUCCCCACGCGAGCCCUGGAUCGCUGCAAAGGCCCUCAUAAUGUCGCAUGCGCGUGCGGCGAGCCUGUACAACAAAGGGUUUAAAGCCAAGCAGGGAGGCCGCAUCGGUGUCUCAAUCAAUGGCGAUUAUUACGAGCCCUGGGAUCCCAAGGAUGCUCGCGACCACGAAGCGGCCGAGAGACGAAUGGAGUUUCAUAUUGGCUGGUUCGCCAACCCGAUGAUGCUUGCCCAGGAUUAUCCCGCAUCCAUGCGUGCACAACUCGGAGACAGGCUUCCUCAAUUUACGGACGCUGAACUAUCCCUGCUUCGCGAUGCGGAACUUGAUUUCUACGGCAUGAAUUACUAUACUGCGCAGUUCGCGCGACACCGCUCGACCCCAGCCGAAGAGACCGACCACAAGGGUAACGUGGAUGAGCUCGCAGAGAAUAAAGCCGGUGUGCCUGUUGGUGAGCCUAGUGGGAUCUGGUGGCUGCGCCCUGCACCUGAACUGUUUCGAAAACAUCUUGUGAGGAUCUACAAGAAGUAUGGAAAGCCGAUCUAUAUCACUGAAAACGGCUGCCCAUGCCCCGGGGAAGAGAAUAUGAACAAAGAAGAGUCUGUCAGGGACGAGUAUCGCCAGCGAUACUUUGCCACCCACUUGGAUGCCAUUGUUGGCGCGCUCCAGGAUGGGGUCGAGGUAAAAGGAUACUUUGCGUGGUCGUUAAUGGAUAACAUGGAAUGGGGUCUGGGAUAUGACUACAGAUUUGGCGUGACGCACACCAACUACGAGACACUCGAGAGAACCCCCAAAGAGUCCGCCUUGAGGCUCCGAAGCAUGAUCGAGAGCAGAAUGAGCACGUAG